AGGAGCGCACAACACAUUGAGCUACAAAAAGGUAAACCUCCCAGACUACUACAGCUUAAAAGGCAAGUGCCCUUCUCCAAAGAACAGUUACAAGGCUGGGCUCCCAUGGGGCAAAUGAGCAUCCCUGUCUCCAUGCACUCCUGCCAUUUGGGGACAUGAGGACUAAAAAGUAGCUGUAAGGGUACACAUAUACACACACAAGUGGAUGUCAAGGAUCAGGUCCUGUAGCCCCCUCAGAAUAGUUACUGAUUCAUUAGGAAUUCAUAUUCAUACAUCAAGGUGAAAAAAAGAAAUCUAAGGGGCUCAGGAGAUCUCCAAAAGGGUAGAAUUUGGCCAAAGCCUUUGCAACUCAAAUCAGUCCAGGAAAUCGGACAAAGUGCUUUCUGGGUCAGGACUGUUCCUCAGCUUCAGGACUUGGAACAAAGUAUUUUAUGCGUUUUUUUUUUUUUAAAAAGCUCAUCCAAGGGGAUUUGGUUUAUUUCAUUUUUAUUUAUUUACAGAAAGGCAUAAGCUCUCACCUUUGCUUUAUAAUUUUAGAAUUGUAAGCCACCCAAUCACUUGAUUGAGUUGGGGGGCUACAGAAAUUGAUUCAAUAAACUUACGGUUUUAGCACAUUUUGACCAGGCUAAAGCACAGCGGGGGAGGGAACCCCCCAGUGAGCAGCAACGCGCCUGACUCGGCUGUAGGAGCUGCGGAGGGGGGGCAGCUUGGGACCAGCCCUCCCCUUCCUCUCUCCCCGACCUACCUUCUUCGGGGGCGGGGAAGGAGUGAGCACCACCACCAUGAAGCCUAGUCAGGCGUUGGCCUCGGAGUCCGGGGAGGGCUCACCUGCCCGGGCAGCCUCCCGCACUCCAACCUUCGCUUGCUCGAACCCGAAAUUGUCCCGAGCGGGUUCCAGGCCCCGAGGGUCCCGCUCCCAGGUUAGGCGGAGGGGCAGAGGAAGGCGGCUGGCGGCCUCGAAGACCGAGGGCCCAGCCGGCGUUUCUCGCCGGGGGCUGCAGAGCGCAGGCGUAACCCACCCUCAGCGAUACUCCCCCGCCAAGCGGGUCGGCUCCGGCUUCUGUCCGGAGAGGCGCGGCGCCUCUGCAGUCCUUCAGCCGGGGCCGCUUCGCAAUGCCCGAGCGCGGAGCCUCCCGAGAGCUGCCGCCUGGCGAAGAAGGGCGGCCCGAGCGCCGCCGGCCCUGAGGCGGCAGCAGGGCGAGCGGUGCCGGCUCUUCCCAGCUUUCCCCGCGCGCGCCCCCUCCCCGCCGGCUGAAGGCCGGGCCUCUCCUGGUCAGCUGGGCGGCACCGGCCUGGCCUCCGAGGCUCCGGCCGUCGAGGGCGACGGCGAGCGGAGCACCUGGUUCCAGCUGGAGGCCUUGAGCUGUGGCUGGGUCCCCCACUUCCAUCCCACCCCUCCCCUCCCUUUUCCUUUCUCCCCUCUCCCCCUCUUAAGGGUCCCCCUUCUGCACUCACUAAUGACUGCGUGGAUCAUCCUCCCUAUCAGCCUCUCUACCUUCUCAAUCGCUGGAAUAUGGAUUGUCUACGCCAUGGCAGUCAUGAACCACCACGUGUGCCCUGUUGAGAACUGGUCGUACAACGAGUCUUGUUCUGCUGAUUCUACCAAGCACGGCUACCCCAAAAGCUGCUGCACCUUGGAAGAUGUCCCUUUGAUCAGCAAAUGUGGCACUUACCCUCCUGAAAGUUGCCUCUUCAGCCUUAUUGGGAACAUUGGCGCUUUCUUGGUGGCCAUCAUCUGCUUCCUGCGCUACGGGCAACUCCUAGAGCAGAGACAGGCCUCCGGGGUGAACACAGCAGCCCUUGUCACAGGUUGCACCAAUGCAGCUGGCCUGGUGGUGGUUGGGAAUUUUCAGGUGGAUUAUGCCAAAUCUCUUCACUACAUCGGAGCUGGUGUUGCCUUCCCAGCUGGCCUGCUUUUCAUCUGCCUACAGUGCUUCCUCUCCUAUCACACGGCUGUUUCUGCCCUGGACUUCUGGAUGGCCCAUCUGCGUGUUUUCCUCUCCACCACGGCCUUCAUCGCUCUUGUCGUCAGCGGCGCCUUCUUUACCCACCAGAGCUUCCUCCUGCAGCACCUGGCCGCCAUCUGCGAGUGGGUCUUUGUCGUCGACAUUCUUGUUUUCUAUGGAACCUUCAGCUACGAGUUUGGUGCCAUCUCCAACGAGACCCUGGUUGCUGCCCUGCAGCAUUCCAGCGGCCGAGGCUGCAAGUCGCCGGGCAGCAGCAGCCCCUCUGCCCACCUGAACUGCCCUCUGGAGAGCAUUGCCAUGAUAUGAGGGUGGCGGGAGGGCGGGCCGGCCCAUCCCACCCUCUCCGCUGCUCUGGCAGGCUGGCUUUUCUUUGGCCACUUUUUUAUACCAAGAUGUUUUUUUAAAGAAUACGUGGCUGCCUAGCCCAUCUGAGAAACUUCGUUUUCCAAACAUCCAGAGAUGUCCCAAGGAUCUCUUUGCUCACCUUCGCGUCAGGUCACCUUGAAGCACUUUCUCUGCCAAAUCUCCUGCCACCCUUCAGGAAGUGCCUCCAAGCUGGAAGGGGGCUCUUGCGCGUGUCAGGGUACCCAAGAACCCAGUUUCCUCUGGCCAAAAUUGUGCCUUACUGCCACCCCAUUUUCUUUUGAGGCAAGAGUUGCUUAAGCUGCAGAACCAAAUUUAUUUGGGGGUGUCCCCUGUGCUGGUGGAAAUAUACCCUUCUUGUUCCAGGCCUUUCAAGAAAAUAAACCCGAAAUACGGGAAAGAGACCUCCUCCACUAUUUUCAUAAACCCCCAACAUCAUACAGAGUUCCUUUCUCUCUUCAGCCCUGGGUAAAGUGGUUUGAUAUUUUGUAGAACUGUUUUGUAUCUUUCCUAUGUAAACAAAAUAUAAAAAGAGCUAUCAGGGGAA